GUUCACGGCCGGCUAGACAUUCUGUGCUCGUGCAGGAGGAGGGCUCCUACCAUCAGGGACGUGCACGAUUCCCCCCCACCCCGCCCCCUCCCCAAACUAAAAAAAAAAAAAUCCAAAACACACUGCCACCCACCGUGCCCCCGCGCCCCGCGUCCAUCCCGUCCAGGCCUGCGUGCUAGUGAGCGCGGGGAACCCACGGCGAGUCUCUGUGGCUGUGCCAGGCUGCAGAUCUGGCGUGCUUUUGAUCAGAGUUCCUCUGAUCUGAAGAUUUUGACGUUUGAGGCAUUAAGAUAAUAGCCUGUGUUGUUCAUGGAGUUUUUCAUCAGUAUGUCUGAAACCAUUAAAUAUAAUGACGAUGAUCAUAAAACUCUGUUUCUGAAAACACUAAAUGAACAACGCCUAGAAGGAGAAUUUUGUGAUAUUGCUAUUGUGGUUGAAGAUGUGAAAUUCAGAGCACACAGAUGUGUUCUUGCCGCCUGCAGCACCUACUUUAAAAAGCUUUUCAAGAAGCUUGAAGUUGAUAGUUCUUCAGUAAUAGAAAUAGAUUUUCUUCGUUCUGAUAUAUUUGAAGAGGUCCUGAACUACAUGUACACAGCAAAGAUUUCCGUGAAAAAAGAAGAUGUUAACUUAAUGAUGUCAUCGGGUCAGAUUCUUGGGAUCCGGUUUUUGGAUAAACUCUGUUCUCAGAAGCGGGAUGUAUCUAGUCCGGAUGAAAAUAAUGGGCAGUCAAAAAGUAAGUAUUGCCUCAAAAUAAAUCGUCCCAUCGGAGAUGCUGCUGACACUCAGGAUGACGAUGUGGAAGAAAUUGGGGAUCAAGAUGACAGUCCUUCUGAUGACACCGUAGAAGGCACACCCCCAAGUCAGGAGGACGGCAAGUCGCCCACAACAACACUCAGGGUUCAGGAAGCGAUUUUGAAAGAGCUGGGGAGUGAGGAAGUUCGGAAAGUCAAUUGCUACGGCCAGGAAGUAGAAUCCAUGGAGACCCCAGAAUCAAAAGAUUUGGGGUCACAGACCCCUCAAGCCUUAACAUUUAACGAUGGGAUGAGCGAAGUGAAAGAUGAACAGACACCAGGCUGGACAACAGCCGCCAGUGACAUGAAGUUUGAGUAUUUGCUUUACGGCCACCACCGGGAGCAGAUCGCCUGCCAGGCAUGUGGUAAGACAUUUUCCGAUGAAGGCCGAUUGAGGAAGCACGAAAAACUCCACACUGCGGACAGGCCGUUUGUCUGUGAGAUGUGUACAAAAGGUUUCACCACACAAGCCCACCUGAAAGAACACCUCAAAAUCCACACGGGAUAUAAGCCCUACAGUUGUGAGGUGUGUGGAAAAUCAUUUAUUCGUGCCCCAGACUUAAAGAAGCACGAGCGAGUUCACAGUAACGAGAGACCGUUUGCGUGCCACAUGUGUGACAAAGCCUUCAAACACAAGUCCCAUCUCAAGGACCACGAAAGAAGGCACAGAGGGGAAAAGCCUUUUGUGUGUGGCUCCUGCACCAAGGCCUUUGCCAAGGCGUCGGAUCUGAAAAGGCACGAGAACAACAUGCACAGUGAAAGGAAGCAAGUCACGCCCAGCGCCAUCCAGAGCGAGACGGAGCAGCUGCAGGCCGCGGCCAUGGCCGCCGAAGCCGAGCAGCAGCUGGAAACGAUAGCCUGUAGCUAGAGGUGAGGGACCGGACGCUCUGCCUGGGAGCAGAUGGAGCUCGCAGUGGAUCAUAAUGAAUGAACGCAGUUACUAUAUUUUUGUGGAGAUGUAUGGAACUCACUGGACUGAAGACAGUGCUUGCUGCGGUAUUUUUAAAACUUUUCCAGGAAAUGAUAUUCCUGAGUUCUGACCAAACAGUCCCGCUGUCCUAUCUGGUGUCUAGUAUUCAUGUUACCAGGCCCACUCCCCCACUUUAUUAUGAUUUUAAUUUGAGAACUGUGUUGGAAGUGAGAGACAUCUAUUCCAUUUUACGUUCCUCUUACACUCACUGGUGAGUGCCCUGCACAGAGUGAUAAGUAAAUUAAUUUCCUAAUCAUCACAAUUCUAUGUGACUUAUGGUCAAAACAGCAGUUUUAAUAACUUAAAGUGCUUCAGACGCUGACAAUAUCAGUGGGUGGUUGACCAGGAACACCGGGCAAAGAUGAAAAGUUCUGGAAAUGCAGAAUGGUAGUAGAUUUAAAUUUGGUUUGUUAAUUUUAUAUGGCUGUUUUUUCACUUUUUUUUUUUUGUGUGUGUGUGUGUGUGUGGACAAAUAAUGGUUGCUUUGCUGAAGGGUUUCUUCAUCAGUUUUGAUGGCCUUGUACCUACCCCAGAAGCUGUAGUCAUACAUCCUGAAGGCUCAGCAAACCCACCAGAAGGCUGGUGGUCUCGAGGCUGAGUUCUUAGGUUGUUUAGGCAUGGCUGCUCUGCACCAGCUGGGAUUUGUGGAGCGAACCAGUGGUGAGAGGAGUAGAAAAGACCAGGUUUUACAUCUGCAACUAUUCCAAGAUUGGUAGAUUGAAGUCAUUCUUAAUUGCUUUUGGAAUUGGAUUUUUGUUUAGGAUCAAAAUUAGGACAAGAACAGGUAAUGUUUCUUCAGAUCCAUUUGUGUAACGUGUAACUUACAGAAUGUCGUCAAGCUUUGGGGCUCUCUGCAGCACGUGAUUAACUCAAAAAGAAGAUGCAAUCUGCUUAAUUUGAAAUCAUUUAAGCGUGUAAAUAGUGUUGGUCUUACAUAGUCCAAGUAAAAGCAGAUAGCUGCACUUUUUUUUUUUUUGCACGUUGGAUUAAAGUAACUUCCAUCAGCAACAAACGUCAGACUGUUUAUAACAAAUGUUAAAGAUUGUCAGGCCAAAUGUUUGUUUAGAAGGAUAUUUCAUCACUGGUUACCAUUUUUGCCUUUUCAAAGCCGUAAAGCAGAACUCUGUUCCAGGUUUGGUGUCCUAAAUGUUCUUUUAACCAUUUCUUUCAGAAUAUAUUGAAAUGCCAAUAAUAGUUUGAAUUAUGUUCUGUAAUAAAGUAUUAGUCAAUUACUUUAGAAUAUGUAGUAUCGAAGAAAAUGUCAACUUUUUAAAAUUCAUUUUUGGUUGCUAGGAUUUUUAAAAAAUGUAUUAAAAGCAAUUUCAUUUCAUAGCUUGUUGCAUUAACACCUGUAAUUACUAUUGUGGGAGGAAUUUUAUUUUUAAAAUUGGUGUAAAUGUUAUGCCCAAGAUCGUAGGAUGAAGAUGCUGCCUUUUUAAAAAAAUUUAUUUAUUGGUAAAAUGUUUAGCUUAAAAUUAAUUUAAUUUCUUGAAAAUUGUUCCUUCUGUACCGAGAGUAGUCCUGUCACUGUGUUUUUAUGUUGUUAGCAGGAGGAGAACUGAUUGCUGUUCCAGGCUGUUUUAACCAAAGCAGAGGAAAAAUAACAUCAGUAGCUACUUCAACAAACCUUAUUUCGAGGCUUCAUUUUUGUAUCGAAAAGAAAGUAUAAUUCUGUCAUUCCUGUUUUCAUAGCAAGCUUCCACAUACCCAGGUUUCUACCAAAAUCUAACUUGCUGUACUAUCUUGAUCUUGGUUUUACAGAUUUGCAAAUUAAACGUGUGGUAUUAACCCCCACUGAAAAUACAUAAUCAGGGUGGUACCUCCCCCCACCCCCCAAAGAUGGCUUAAUUUUGAACACCUUAUUUGUAUUAUGCAGAUAUUUACCAUUUGGCCCAUUUUGCAUGAGAAAUAUACCUGUGUUAUUUCUACCAGUGGUGGCAUUGGGUUUGUACUGUGCAUUGGGGUGUAUGUUUUCUUGGAAUAUUUUUAGUAGCAGCAGCUCUCUUCUUUGCUGAUGCUGCCUCUCCACACUCCGUAGGCCCCAGGAUAGUGAAGCCAUCAUGUUAGAUGGUUCACAGAUACCUCAGAACCAUGGAGGUUGAUUCUGAAUUAUGGUUACAUGGUUACUCUGAGUCUGCAACAUACAGGGAAGGGAAAGUCUAAACUUCAACCAAUAUUACUACCUUUUCAUUAUUUACAAAUCACUGACUUUUUCCAUUUGUACAAAGAGAGUGUCCAUACACUUGAACUUUUUAAUGCAUUUAUUGGCACUGAUCAAGUGAGGGAAUUUUAGGAAGUUUAAAUUUAAGGUACUUUGCCUGCAGUUAACUUGGUCAUUAAUUUAGAAUUGUUAGAAAAUUCAGAAGUGACCGUCAAGUGGGCUUGAUACAAACAUUUACUGUCUUGUUAGGAAAAAAAGAUUGAGAUGAGGGUAAAUGAAGCAAAUUUAUGUAGUGGUUAUUUUGUUCAGGUAUCUGUAAGUUGUCAUGUGAAGCUGGAAUGCAUUUUCCUGUAGUACAAUGUUAGUGGUGGUUAGUUCUCAGCCUCCUGUGAGGCUAGUAUAAGCCUGGUAGGACUAGUAUAAGUAUAAUAAGGGGCGUUCUGUAGAGUUCUAAGUCCUGGGAGGAGUCAGAGCUAUGGCUUCUAGAAAAGAAUGGGGACUCUCACUUUCCUCUCUGAAAUCUGUCUCCAUUUUUUGCAUGCCCUUUUGUAACUGGGAACUUCCUCCUCUGGAGCUGCUCGGUGUGAGGUUACUCCUGCAUCUAUGAGAGAGCUCUCUCAGGUGGGUAAAGGUGGGGUUGCCUGCUCAACAUGUGUGGUGUAUCAGGUGCGAGGCUGGAUCCUGGAGAAACAAAGACAGGACAGGUUUGACCCCUGCCUGGUGGAUUGAGUGUGCCCUGUCCAGUCUUACACAUUCUUCUUAAAGAUGAGUAUGGCAUUUGCCUGCACUGUUACCUGUGAUUCCUUAAAGGCUGCCAUACUGGUCCUGUCCAAGUGCCCUGAAUGUAAGUUUUCAGCAGCUGAGUGUUUUUGUGAUCUUGAGAGAUAGUCCCAAUUACCAACAUUCACUGAAAUACUCCCAGUACAGUGAGGAUGUGUGGUUAGGUGGAAAGGCUUUUCAAGUCAAACUUGGAUGUAGGUCUUGGUUCUGUUUCUCAACGUGUAGAUUCAGACAUGUUAACCCCCCUGAGCCGGUUCGUCAUUUCUAAAAUCGAGAGAGGGGUUUCUGCCUCCUGGUCUACCAUGGAUUAAAUGUGUAACCAGUCCAAAACAUUCAGCCCACCACCCACUGCUUUUUAGGUGCACUGUCAAUGCUCCCUUCCUAUAGAGCAUUCUCAGAGGAGCAGACAGAAGCAAAACUGAAGUUCUCUUCUGCCUUUGGCAUUUGUCAGUUCUACUGUUGCUGGCCCCGAGCUGUAGACUUAGACCUCUUUAAGUCUUCUUAACUGAAAGUACUACAGAAGCUGUGUUUAUCUGGACACUUCUGUAAGCAACCCCUUUGCAGCAAAACUUAACAUAUUUGUCUUAGAGUUUUCUUUGGUCUUGUAAUCUCCCAUCAUUUGUACAUUUUAAAGUAGGUCAUUGGAGUGCAUUCAGGUGUGAACACUGGCCUCUUUGGAGGGCUCCCUGCUCUUUGCAAUUGUGGCUCUGCCAUCACAGGUGGUUCUGAUUUUGAAGGCUGACUUUUUAGUCUCAUACAUACAUGAAAUCAUGUAUUUAAAAAAUAUUUUUAUAUUAUGCUUUUCGAAAAUUAGGCAUAUUUGGGGGUGCGUCCAACUGUUCUCUGUCUAGUUUGUGUAAAUUCAAGAAUGAUCUGUUGCAUUCCCCCUAAAGGGGCUUUGACUACGACCCAGGAAUUCGAAUUUUCCUUUUAGUUCCAGAGUAAGGGUUUACUCAUUCACUUUGCUUUUUUUUGGAGGACAUCUCUAUUAAUCUUAUGCAAAAAUACUUCCUGUAGAGUAAGACUGAGGCAUAUUGGUUGACAAUUAUUGAAGGGCAUCGGACUAGGUGCUAGGACGUAACAGCACAGUGAGCAAGAACGGCGCCGUCCCUGCUGCCCUGGAGCUUAUCAUCUGGAAUGGAAUGCUUUCCUCUCCAAGUUUUACAAAAUUUUACAAGAAUUUACAAAUGAUUACAAAUGUACAAAAUGCUUUCUGAAAAACUGCUGUGGUAUGUAUUUUAAUUGAGUUCAUGGAACAUACUUUAGAAAGUAAUUAAGGGGUUUUGAUAAAUUGUCAUAAUUUAGUAGUACUGACAUGAGCAUUCCUAAAUGACUUUUGUGAAUGUAUACUGA